UCCUGUCCAUGAACAGAAAGUUGUUUUAUCUCGUAGUGUUACGUUACCUUAGAAGAGAUUCAGUAUUGAAGAAAUAUGCAGAAAUAGACAAGCAUGUUCAGAGGAAAGGGGAAAUCGAAAAGUUCCCAGCACAGUGAAAGUGGACGCGAAUCUGGGAAGUUGGGUGGGUCAAGUCCAGAAAUUAUUCUAGAUGGACUAAAUCAAGAGACCAAUUUUGAGGUAUUUUUUCUUGGAGCUGUGCAAGACAUCAACAUGGUCACAUCACGAAAGCGAGACAAAGAGGCCCAGUUGGUUGACCAGGUGGAGGAAGCGCAGAUUGAUGGUAAGCUUCCAUUAACGCCAAGAGAUGAAGACAAAGUUAAUAUCACCAUUUCCAGACAUGGUCUUAAGGUGUUGGACUCCACAAAGAAGGAGGUUCUACAGAGACAUCCACUCCACAUUAUUGCUCAAGUGGUGCAUUAUGAGGACGGCUUUGGUAAACCAAACGUUGCCUUUAAGAUAGGACAGCUUCAGCACUCCAAGGAUACCUGUAUAUACCAGUGUUAUGUCUUCCAGUGUCCAAACGAGGAUCAAGCCCAGGCUGUGUGUCAAAGUUUGAGGAACAUUUUCAAUGCUAUAACUGUCCAGUGAAAGAGUCAGGAACAAACUGGUACAAUGGCCUUAUCAGAGGAUAGGAACAGAGGUGCUGUUACAGUCCAAUGAGCCUUAUCAGAGGAUGGGAUUAUCAGAGGAUGGUAACAGAGGUGCUGUUACAGUCCAAUGAGCCUUAUCAGAAGAUGGGAACAGAGGUGCUGUAACGGUCCAAUGAGCCUUAUCAGAGCAUGGGAACAGAGGUGCUGUAACAGUCCAAUGAGCCUUAUCAGAGGAUGGGAACAGGUGCUGUAACAGUCCAAUGAGCCUUAUCAGAGGAUGGGAACAGAGGUGCUGUUACAGUCCAAUGAGCCUUAUCAGAGCAUGGGAACAGAGGUGCUGUUACAGUCCAAUGAGCCUUAUUAGAGCAUGGGAACAGAGGUGCUGUAACAGUCCAAUGAGCCUUAUCAGAGCAUGGGAACAGAGGUGCUGUAACAGUCCAAUGAGCCUUAUCAGAGGAUGGGAACAGAGGUGCUGUAACAGUCCAAUGAGCCUUAUCAGAGCAUGGGAACAGAGGUGCUGUAACAGUCCAAUGAGCCUUAUCAGAGCAUGGGAACAGAGGUGCUGUUACAGUCCAAUGAGCCUUAUCAGAGGAUGGGAACAGGUGCUGUAACAGUCCAAUGAGCCUUAUCAGAGCAUGGGAACAGAGGUGCUGUAACAGUCCAAUGAGCCUUAUCAGAGGAUGGGAACAGAGGUGCUGUUACAGUCCAAUGAGCCUUAUCAGAGGAUGGGAACAGGUGCUGUAACAGUCCAAUGAGCCUUAUCAGAGCAUGGGAACAGAGGUGCUGUAACAGUCCAAUGAGCCUUAUCAGAGGAUGGGAACAGAGGUGCUGUUACAGUCCAAUGAGCCUUAUCAGAGGAUGGGAACAGAGGUGCUGUUACAGUCCAGUGACUUUAUCAAAGUGUCAGAACAGUCAGUGAUAUAACAGUUUAGUGACCCUUAUAUCAAGGGAUGGGAACACUUAGUGCUGUAACGGUCUGUCCAAUGACACAUUGAUACUGUCCUAGUUACAUUUAUGAGUAACAUUAUGUGAUAUACUAUAAAUACUGAAACGAAUUGUAGCCAAACUUGUCCCAUGGAUGAAUGGAGACUUAUGACUGCCAUGAAAGACUGAAACGUGUGACAGCACGUUCCAAUCAGACUUCAGUAUGAAUAUGGUGCUUCUCAUAUUUUAUUUGCUACAAUAUGUACAUGUUUAAAAUGUGUGUGUUCACCUUGAGUUUUGCAUGUCAAAAAUGGCUUUUAUAUUUUUGUACUUUAUGUUAUAGUUUGAAAUAUUUUAUACAACAAGAACUACUGCUGGACAGUAGAUCAUAACUGGUUGUGAAAUCUUCCUUGUGUAGGUUUUAUAUGGACAAAUAAAAUCAUCCUUGCAGGUUUAGGAUCGUUGUAUAAAACCACACCAUGUAUGUUCCUAUGUAUGUUUUUAUUCUUUAUUCAAUGUAAACACAUGUGAUCUAUUCUGUAGACCAUAGGCCAAACAAAACUGUAUUUUCAGGUACCCUGACUGACCCUUGUUUUUCUCGCCGACCCAAACUUUUUAAACGCACUCCAUCCAGUGGGAUAACGUGUCCACUAGAUGCAAACAAAUUGAUGGACAAACAAACAAUAUAUAUAUACCUCUGGGCUCUCUACUCAAUAGGCAGCUAUCAAAACCAAACUUAAAUCCAAUGUUGUGAUUUUAAAGACCUAAAAAUAUGCUUGGUCAUUUCUGUAAUUUCUAAAAUAAGCCCCCACCCUUCAAUUUAAAAAAAUAAAAAGUUAAAUUGAAAAUAUAUCCUGACCGACUUACCCUGGGUUUUUUCAAUCGUGUUUACCUUAAACAUACAUAUUUAUUUUGACAUAUUUAUGUGGGGUCAUUCAUGCUUUUAUGGACUCUUAUAUGGUAUAUUGUUGUCAAUUAUUAUCAGUUCAAGGUUAAGGUCACUUGCUUAAAAUAUGUUUAUGAAAUAGGACUUGAUCACAGUGUUGUUAUGUUCAAUUUCUAUAUGCCAGACAUGUGUAUGUGAGGGGUUUGUAUCGCUGGUGAUGUAUUGGUUCUAAUGAGUAAUCAAUAUAUCUAUUUAGAUUAUUGAAAUGUGAUUUGUUAAGAUGGUUUUCAAGCAAUGAAUAAAUUUCUGCUUGGUUUAUUUUAUUAAAAAAAACAGUGUUUGA